UUAAGCUCUGCAGAUCCUGGGAAAAGUAGGCAACAGGGUUGUCAGGCGUAGAACCAGACAGAAAUAAGUAUUGUGGUUGAGAGGGGAGCCAAGGGGGAUAGAAGAAUGGGAUAGGAUACCAGGGAUGGAGAGUAAAAGGGGGGCCCCGUGGCACUCUGAAGCAGAAGGGAUUGAGAUCUAAGAUAUGGGGUUCCUGGAAACAAGGAGAGCAGCCUUGGGAGGGUGGGCAGGUAAAAGGGGCAUUAGACCCGCCUCUGGGUUGCUGCUCACCAACGUAGAGCGGCUGGUCGUACUCCAGCCAGAUGUAGGUCUGCAGGGGCAUGGGCCGCAGCACCCAGGGCCGGUGAUCCACUCGGAGCCGGGCCUGCUUCACAUUGAUUUCAGCCCGGACCAGGUGCCACUCAUCGUCAUUGAACUCAAAGUCGUCUGAGUGUACUGUCAGGUUCUCGUCCCCAUUCCCCACAUCAAAGGCGAAGACCACGUCCCGGGAUGCUGGACAAUGUGAUAAGGGCAGGGAGAGAAAAGGACUCAGACCUCCAAGAUCCCUCACUGACUUCUUGCCCAACACAACCUCUCUUCCUUACCUCUCUGGAGCUCCUUGAAUAUCCCUGCAAUAUGUCCAUAGCCUGGGACAAAACUUUACAAACUUGUACCCUUGGUUUCUCCCCAAACUGCAGAUCCCCACAGCCAGCUUUCCAGCCUCACCUCUCAGCUAGAAGGCCAGCUAGUCAGCAGUGGGACAGACUCAGGAGUCCAACUUCCUUAUUCACAAGUAAGGGGCCUAAGGUCACCUGGCCAGCCAUCCGGACCAGCCAAGGCCCAGAACCCAGGGCUGUCUCAAGCCCUUUCCAUGCUGCCUCUCAAAAGGGCAUCUACCCUGGUCUCUUACUUCAGCCUCUACCUACCCGUGUCUCCCCAGAGACCUCUUUCAUCUACCCUGUGGCCCUCCCAGGCUGCCUGCUCACUGUUGAGUUCCACCCGCACGUAGGGUCGGCGCCACUGGCAGUAAGGGCCCCCCAUGUUCUCUAGGAAGACUCCCGAGGGUGCCGAGGUCUUGAAGUAGAAGGAGACGUCAAGGCUGUGGUUGGCACGGAUUGGGGGAAAGCGUAGUGCAGCCCCGGUGUGGAAGGAGAUGGUGUUCCAAGAAUUUCCUACAAAACCAGAUGGAGGAAGUCCUUGUCAGGGAGGCCGGAGGAUGGAGGAAGAAGUGAACAUGAUGGGGGGCAGGGAAGGCAGGGCUAAGGGGGAAAGGUGGGGUGGCCAAGGAGACCCAGGAGUGGAAGGAAAGAGUAGUAAGGUACAGAGGGACAACGAAGAUGAGGGUCAUGUCACAGCAGGAGCCAGGACAUCUGGCAGUGUGCCCUAGAGACCCCCUGUGGAUCAGGUGGCCUAGAUUUUGAAAACUGGAGAGACAACCCCAGGGAGCACACACAAAAGGGGUCUGCCACUCACGGUCGCCAUAGCAGCGCAGAGGCCUCAGGAAGAAUUGGGCUUCAGAAGUGGAGCGGUUUGUAUCCCCCACCACAAUCUGAGUGACAGGCAGAUGGUCCACAAAUGUCAGCAGUCCCUUGUCUGUUCUCCUGUGAGAGCAGGAUACAGAGGCUCAGCCCCUGAUGCUCAGCUCCCCCUAGAGUCCUGAAAUCCCUGUCCCUUUGCCCCUCACCACUGGGGCUGGUCGGCAUCACAGUUGCAGUACAGGGCGGGGUCCACGCAGCUCCGGUCCAGACCACAGGCGCAGCGCUGGAUGCCGGGCUGGGAGCCUCCCCAGUAAAAAUGCUGCUCCUCGUUUCGGCCAAUCCAAAAGCUGUAGGGGUAGCCUCCUGGGAAAGAGGUGCAGGCACCUUCCAGCCCUGUCCCUCCAUGAGCCUCCGGGCUCCUUUCAACUUUCCAAGCAGCCCAGACCUUUGCUUGAAUCCUCUAGCCCGGGGCUCCCGCUGAACUCUGGCCCCCACUGGUGUCUCCUCCAGCUCCUCCACCUCCCCACCCCCCCCACCCCCAGUCCUCACCUGCAGUGUUGAGUAGCCGGGAAUUGUAGCAAGAGAACUCAAUCCACUGUUCACAAUGCUGGGAGGCAUUGGCCAGGGCACUGACUUCCUCCCAGGAUGCAUUCCAGUACUGGAUGGCCCCCAGGAAUGGCCGCUCCAUACUGGAACCUGUCACCCGAGUCGUCCACAGCCUGUCAUGCCUCACAACUGUCCAUGCUCUGUUCUCUGAAGGAGGGGAGGGGACAGAGCUUGGCUGGAGAUGGGCACCUUCCUGCCCACCUCCACCACCACUGCUGCAACUCAGCGCCAAUGGACGUGCCCGGCAGCUCCAUCCCAGCCCCACCCUGGGCCCUCAGCAUCGUAGGCUGAAGAGGAGAUCUCUGGAAUGGAUCGGGAAGUUGGAAUUUAUCUGCAAGGCUAAAUUACAAAUUCCUGGAUGUCUCCUUUCCCCUUUGUCCCCUUUUACCAUCACCAAUUUAAUCUUCCGGCCCAUACCCACCACUCUAUCCUUCCCUGUUCUCCCCUCACCCCUGCACUCCCUUGUCAGCUGCCUGCUUGCCACCCAUCGGAGCCACUUACCUCGGAUAUCACAGUACACCACAAAUGGCUUCAGGGGGCCACUGCCAUCAGGAUCAAUGGUGAAGUUUCCAGAAGUUUUCCCACUGAGCCGGUUCAGCCUCUCAAAGUCGCCAUUGAGCACAAAGCGCUGCACAUAGCCGUCCAGGGUGAGAUUUGCGUCGCGACCAAAUCGGUCCACUCGCACAUAGUGCCAGUGCUGGUCGUUGAGGACACCGCCGGCGCUCACCGUAGUGUGACCGGGUCUUGGCUGGAUGGGACUGCUGCCUGAGGGUGGAGCAGGACAGAGUGAGACCUCAACCCAGGACAUCUCCAGCUGGCCCUAGUCCCCAGCGGGAGCAGCAGCGGGCAAGGCAGAAAAGGGAUUGCAAGACCGACAGACUUAGGGCUAGUGCCCAGCCCAGGGCCCAAGAACAGGAGGCUCCCCAAGGAUGCGCGCCUGGGCGCCCAGAGUACCGCGUUGUGCCCUCGCUGGUAGAACGGCGUCCAGCUGUCCACGCGGUCACCAUAGAGCAGCAUGUAACGAGUCACCCAGUCCCAAGAAUUAAAGGAGCCCUGUGUGGCCACGGCCCGGAUCCGGUGCUUCUUCAUUAAGUCUAUCUGGAGCCAGGGAUUUGGAUCCCCAAUCCGAGAUGAAAAACCUGAGGCUCAGAGAGGUCAAAAAACUUACUCAAGAUCACACAGCAAAUGAUGAUAUUCCAAAACCCACUCUUUCCACUGGCAAGGUUUCCUGGGGCCUCUACUCUGGGGAUGAGGAGGCGGCAUACUCAGCUGAGCCACUGCCGGAGCUCUGCUACAAGGCGGAUGUCCAGGCCUUCAGUCGGGCCUUCCAACCCAGUGUCUCCCUGACUGUGGCUGCGCUGGGCCUGGCCGGCAAUGGCCUAGUCCUGGCCACCCACCUGGCAGCCCGACGUUCAGCUCGCUCGCCCACCUCCGCUCACCUGCUCCAGCUGGCCCUGGCCGACCUCCUACUAGCACUGACCCUCCCCUUCGCUGCAGCAGGAGCUCUUCACGGCUGGAGUCUGGGAAGUGCCACCUGCCGGGCCAUCUCCAGCCUCUACUCGGCCUCCUUCCACGCCGGCUUCCUCUUUCUGGCCUGUAUCAGCGCCGACCGCUACCUGGCCAUAGCGCGAGCGCUCCCAAGCGGCUCGCGGCCCUCCACGCCCGGCCGUGCGCACUUGGUCUCAGUCAUCGUGUGGCUGCUGUCGCUGCUCCUGGCGCUGCCUGCGCUCCUCUUCAGCCGGGACGGGCAGCGGGAAGGCCAGCGACGCUGUCGCCUCAUCUUCCCCGAGGGCCUCACGCAGACGGUGAAAGGGGCGAGCGCCGUGGCGCAGGUGGUCCUGGGCUUCGCGCUGCCUCUGGGCGUCAUGGCAGCCUGCUACGCGCUGCUGGGCCGCACGCUGUUGGCCGCCAGGGGGCCCGAGCGCCAGCGUGCACUCCGCGUCGUGGUGGCCCUGGUGGCGGCCUUCGUGGUACUGCAACUGCCCUACAGCCUCGCCCUGCUGCUGGAUACGGCCGAUCUACUGGCUGCUCGCGAGCGGAGCUGCCCUGCCAGCAAGCGCAAGGAUCUGGCACUGCUGGUGACCAGCGGCUUGGCCCUCGCCCGCUGCGGCCUCAAUCCCGUGCUCUACGCCUUUCUGGGCCUGCGCUUCCGCCAGGACCUGCGGAGGCUGCUCCGCGGUGUGGGCUGCAGCUCAGGCCCUCACCCCCGCGGCGGCUGCCCCCGCCGGCCCCGCCUUUCUUCCUGCUCAGCUCCCACUGAGACCCACAGUCUCUCCUGGGACAACUAGGGCUGCCAAUCUAGAGGAGGGGGUGGGCUGAGGAGACGAUUCCACGAGGGUAGUGGGAAAGGAGAGUAGGUGGGGGGAAACUGAGAAAGAGGUGGGGAGCUAAAGGGAUUGCUUCUGUGCCUUGCCACAUUAAAUUGAUAACAUGGAAAUGAGUUGCAACCCAA